CAAGCACUGCGAGUCACUUGGAGUUUGUUGUGCUCAGUUAUCAGCUUCUUACCACUUCUCAAAUCCUUGUUUGUUUGUUUAAUUAAUUAUUAAUUAGAGCAGGGUUGAUUGUCUGAUUACAAAUCACAGAGCAUAUUAAGUUCUUGUGCACCUAAGGACGUAUUCUGUAGGUAGCUGAAGCUGAGUGAGAGUUUGAGAGAGAGAGAGAGAUGGAGACUGAGCAACAGGUAUCGAACGAAGCCAUGGCAACGGUGGCUGAGAAGGCACCAAUCACCGUGGAGAGGAAGGUCCGCAAUGAUCUGGAGACCAAGCUCCCCAAGCCUUACAUGCCUAGAGCUAUGACUGCUCCUGAUACGGAGAACAUCAAUGGCACAUGGGGACAUAAGCAUUGUAAUAUGUCUGUGCUUCAGCAGCAUGCAGCUUUUUUCGACCAAGACAAGGAUGGUAUCAUCUACCCUUCCGAGACAUAUAGAGGAUUUCGUGCACUCGGGUUUAAUGUCGUUGCUUCUUUCAUUUUCAUGGUUCUUGUCCAUGCAGCAAUGAGUUAUGCAACUCUGCCUACAUGGAUGCCUUCACCUUACUUUGCAAUACACAUCGAAAACAUACACCGGGCAAAGCAUGGAAGUGACUCAGGGGCCUAUGACACAGAGGGAAGGUAUAUUCCGGCAAAUCUUGAGAACUUGUUCAGCAAGUACGCCUGUACCGUGCCUGAUAAGCUCACCUUCAAGGAGCUUUGGCACAUGACUCAAGCUAACCGUGACGCCUUUGAUUUCUUUGGCUGGAUUGCAAGUAAACUGGAAUGGGGAGUUCUGUAUGUUCUUGCAAAAGAUGAACAUGGCCACUUGGCAAAGGAAGCCGUGAGACGCUGUUUCGAUGGAAGCUUGUUCGAAUACUGUGCCAAGUCGCAGAAGGGUGCUGCUGGUAAACUGGGAUGAGGAGGAGAGCAUCAUAGUUUAUGACCCGUUGGUUUGUGUUUGUAUUAGUUCUUGAGCUUGAUAGGCGUUUUCUUUUGGUCUGAGAUUUGAUAGACUGAUAAGUGAUAAUAGAAAAUGGUCUAAAUAAUGCGACUUCAAGGAGUUGGAUGAACAACUCCUAGACUUUCAGUUGAUCCCACUCGUUUAAAGCAUCAGAUUUUUCCUAA